AUGUUGACUCGUCUCGGCGAAGGCAUUCCUAGUCUCUCGGUGGCGACGCUCAUCGGGGGCGUGCCGGUCUCGGAGAACCACAAGGCCCUCGCCGGCGGGGGGUGUAACGUGGUCGUCGGCACGCCCGGCCGCGUCAAGUUCCUGAUAAAGGAGGGCACGCUCCGCGUGUCGGCGGCGGCGCGGACGCUCGUCCUCGACUCGGCCGACUGGCUGAUGGCGCCUGUGUUUCACGACGACGUCGGGUGGAUCGCCCGUAACUUCCCGAAGGAUAAGCAGGUCUUGGCCUUUUCGGGCGCCGACCCGGCGACUUACAAGGCCGGGCUCACGGCCCUUGUGGACUCCUCUGGGAUGACCCCUGUCGGCGUUAGCAGCGGCGGUGGCGACAGCGGAGGCGGCGACUGCGUCUCUACGGCGAUGACGCUCGACAACGGGGAAGCGGCCGUGGCGGCCCUGACGGGAUCCGCGGGGGUGGCGACCCAAUUCUCGUCCACGGAGCAGCAGCAGCAGCAGCAGCUGCUGCGGCGGCAGGCGGGAGUCGUCGGAGGGCCCACCGUAGCCCCCGCCAGCGGCUGCAGCAGCAGCAGCAGCAGCAGCAACCACAGCGGGAGUUGCGAAGGGAGAGAGGUCGUCGACGACGACGACGACGGGAACGCAGAGAACCGGCCUCCUCCAGGAACAGCAGCGGCGGCCGCUGCUGCUGUCACCACUGCUACUGCUGCUGGCGGCGGCGACGACGACAGGGGGCGGGGAGCGCCGGCGGCUCCUGCUGCUGCUUGCGUCCGCCGCCCGCCGCGAAUCGACACCGAGGCGGUCACCAGCAGGGGCACCGUGGUUGUGGGUGGAGUCGUAGUGCCCCCGCCCCCCCCGGCAUCUGUGCCUGGCGGCGGCGGCGGCGGCGGCGGCGGCGGCGGUAGGAAGGUGGCAUUACCGGGGGGGCCGAUACGGACGCUGGGCAUGAUGCGGGAGGAGUCGGCGCGCAGGGCGCAGGGGCUGGGGUCCAUGUACGGGAUCCACGGGCAGGGCGCGGUGAAGGGCGCCAGCGUUAGCGUUGGCGCCGGCGAGUCGACGGCGGCGGCGGUGACGGACGCGAACACGAACGCGAACACGACCGGCGCCGGCGGCGGCUCGGGACUGCCGUCGUCGUUUUUGGCGAAGGGACUGAAGGGGGCCGGCGGGAGGGACGUUAGCCUGGGCAGCAGCAGCACGACCAGCAUCAGCAGCGGCACUCCGAGCAUCAGCACGCCGCGGGCGAGGGUGCGCUCGUGCAACGAGAACGAGCUCUACGGGACGUGGUUUGCCUAAGGUGGCCUUACGGGGGGGCGGGGGGGCGGGGGGGGAGGAAGGAAACGCUUGUCUGCCUUCUCCUGACCAGCGUGCCGUGUUUUUUUUUUUUUUCCAUGUGAGGGUUUUGCGUUUUUUUUCGUGUGUGUGUGCGGAUUUGGAGUCAUCGUGAUGUAGCAGGUGUGUGUGGAGGAGGAGGGGUUAUGGUCUGUCUGUCUUUUCCUUUUUUUCGUUUCGCGGCUCUGUUUGUUGGGCUUGUGCUCGUUUUGACUAAAAAAGUGUUCGUUGAUGCGGUGAGGCACAUACAUACGUUUUGUUUCCCUCCCAAUGUUUUUUUUGUUGUUUCUUUUUUCUUGUCCACUAUGCGUAUCACAACCAAACCGGGCGCGAGGUGCGAGGUGCGAGGUGCGCGUACGACGAUGUUCUUUUUGCCGUAACGGUGAGAUUUUCAGGUUCAGCAAAAUCGGCGGAACUAUUUGGCCUUGUCUCUCCCUCCUGGGUUAUAGGGGUGUGCACAACGCACCGUUCUUUCUUUCUUUCAUCCUUCGACUGGGGUUGGUCGUGUGGACGCAGGCCAUCAGGAAAAAGAAAGGGGUACGGCUGCUGUAGUUUUUGCAAGCAGCGCUCUGUGCGCGCUGUUUGCUACGUCACCGGCUGUCUGGUAGGCAAUGGCGUGCUUGUUGUGUGGGUCUUAGUUGUCUCUUCCCGCCCCUGGCGGAAACGGGCGCGGGCCGAGGGGGGGUGACGCAGGAUGGCCAACGAGAGAGACAAGGGGGAGGGCAGGGGUAUUUUUUUGUGUUUUUCCGGGAUGGUGCAGGAGGAGAUUGAUUUGGUUGUUCGAUAGCAUUAGAGUGCGCGAGCGGGGCGAAACAGUGGCGCUGCCGGUGCACAAACCGUAGGUAGCCUCGUUGCUGAUCGCGUAUGGUAUUCUAUAACUUGCCUUUUGUUGGGUGUGUGUCCACCGCCAGGUAAGAACGACGCUGAUAGGAGUGUAGCCUUGAAGCCUUGUAUAUGCAUGCCGUGGAUGUUGGUGUUUUUUGGGUGGGGUAAUAUUAAACUUUUUUCAUGGCGUCGGCAAAAGACGUACACACACAUCUCUGGCGUGAGGGACGAAAUAGGGAUAGAGACUACUGCUGCUGAUGCUGCUGCUGCUGCUGCUGCGGGUCAUUUUCUGUUUCUAGUGUGUCAGUCUUGUGCUGCCGUGAGCUUCCUAUGGGCUUACGAAAGGGGUUGGUCCGAAUAGAUCUCUUGCGAAUAGCAAUGUGCAGAUAUGUAUGUGUUAUUUCGGUGCGUGAACCGCCGCGACCGAAAGACAUGGUGUAUGAUGAUGUUGAUGGGGUGCGGUUUGACUCUAUUCGGGAGGGGGAAGGAGGCGCGUCAGAAGGGAGCGGUGGACGUACGUCGCGUUUUGGGAGGACUAUUUACUAGUGACCUAGCUCCCUCGGGUGUUGCUGUUGUUGUAAUGUUUCGUGUUCUGUCGGCAGGGCUAGUCGUUGUGUCUUGUCUGCUUGCUGCCCCGUGCUGUGAAGAAGAAAUAAGAAUCCCCGAAUCGCUGCUUGCUGUGGUCCCUUGUGUUCGUCUGGUCUGAGAUGUUGUGAAACUGCUGUGUGGUCUUGUUGACUUUCUUGCGUUAGUUAGAGGCGUUUGUGUUUCUUUUUACUUUUUUCUUUUUUCGUGUUUGUCUGUCUUUGCGGUUGGUCGCAAGCCAAUAAACCGCGCUUGGACGCACUAUAAUGGUACACACGCCUUCGUGUUGUACCAUAUUUUUUCUUUUUUGUCCUACCUUGUGUGUUCGAAAGCUGCUGGAUGUGUUGCCCCACUCGGUAUCCACACCCAGGACGGGACGGGGAGGUGGAGGGGGCAGGAGGAGAGCGAGAGGGUUCAAAUUCUCGCGCUCCGUUAUCUUUUCGGUGUGGUUCUGUUUUCGGAUAAACAUGUCGUGUUCCGUUUGGCUUGGCGAACACCUUGAUCUUCUACUUACUUCUCCUUGGAUAUUUUCUCACGUUGCGCUACAAUUGUUUGGAGGUUACCGUAUCAUGUAUACAAAUCAUAUGGUACAUUAUUCAGGUUCCGUUUGACUUAACCAACACCAGGUUUAAACGUUCUACAGGAAGUGCCUAUUACUUUAGGUGCCGGAGGAGGGCGGGGGACGUUAUGGUAGCCGGAGGAGGGCUAAAAGGCAAGAAUGCAACAGGGGCAGAGUCAUCUUCUGAAAAGCGCGGUGGGCGUGAUAGUAGUCACGCACGGGGUGAACGUGCUCACGCACCAACAUCUCGACCGCCAUUUUUCAUUUUUUUCUGCUGUUUUUUUCAUGUUGCCGCCCAAUGGUCCCAGUUUUUUUUAGUGCGUGUCUGUCUGGCCUUUUUUUUUGUUUUCUCACCUUGUUUUCGCGGCCUCUUUUUUUGCCCCAGCCAGGGCGGGUUGUCUGUUCCGCGUAUUUGCGGGGAGAUCGAUUGGACACCGCUAGUGGCCGUGUUGGUGCGAAUUGUAUUGUACCACCACUGAAGUAGUCAAAACAACAAAAAGCACCCGGUUCGAUUCUCGCUGCUCUCUCUGCUACGGGAAACGACAGGACUGACUGCUGUGGCGUUGGCCCGUUUUUCUUUUUUUUUUCCUCUGGUCCGUCGAAGUACGUUCGAUCGAUGCCACACACGCGUGGAAGAAGCGUGUGUUUUUUUUUUUUUUAAGCCUUUAUCAGGCGCGCGGACGAAAACCACGUCCCCAAGUAACCACGUUGUGUGUACGCGUGUGCUCCUCUUGUUUGCUUGCAAGGUUAAGGUUGUGGUACCGGGCAAGAGACGAGUAACGAGGUCAGAAUUAGCAAUGAGUCCUUGUUUCACCAGUUUUCAUCGGCAAUUUUUAGCGUGUUUUUUUAUUUAGUCAUUUUAUAUUUGAAAGGGGUUUUGCGAGAAAGACCUGCACCGCUUUUUUGUGGCGGGGGGG